UUAGGGUUCUUAUUUUGCAGGGCAUGGCGACCGCGGCACCGGCUCCUCCAGCGCCUGGGCCACAAGCGCAAGCGCAGCAGCCUCCUCCUUCCGAGGUUCCGCCAAACCAGACGAUCUACAUCAACAAUCUCAACGAGAAGAUCAAGAAGGACGAGCUUGUGAAAUCGCUGCGAGCGGUGUUCUCGCAGUUUGGAAACAUUCUCGACAUCGUCGCGUGUAAGUCACUGAAGCUCAAAGGCCAGGCGUGGGUCGUGUUUGAGGAUGUUACCGCUGCUACCAAUGCGCUGCGCCAAAUGCAAGAGUUUCCAUUCUAUGACAAGGCUCUCAGGAUUCAAUAUGCGAAAACAAAGUCCGACGCUGUGGCUAAACUCGAUGGCACAUUUAUUCCCAAGGAGAAGAGAAAGAAGAUAGACGAGAAAGCUGAGAAGAGAAAACGGGAGCACCACGAAUCCCACUCCUAUCACUAUCCAAUGCGAACUUCCGUCCCCGAGAUCGCGCUUCCAAACAACAUCCUCUUUGUACAAAAGCUCCCUCACGACACGUCGAGCGCGCAGCUCCAGAUGCUCUUCUCCUCCAUCCCGGGCUUCAAAGAGGUUCGAAUGGUAGACGCCAAGCCCGGCAUCGCCUUCGUGGAGUACGCGGAGGUGGAUCAGGCAAGCGUUGCCAAGAGCACCUUUCACGCCUUUCGUGUCAACGAGUCGCCAAUGCACAUCACGUACGCCAAGAGGUGACCAUCAACAUCACAAGCAAAGAAAACAAGCAAAGCAAAGGUUUCUUGUAAGAUCACGUCCGAGAUUUUUCACUGAACCAUAGAUCAUAGCUUCUCUUUUGUAUCAUUGCCUUGAAAUGUUAAUCAUUCGAAUAUGAGUUAGCACCAUUGAAAGUG